AUGUCGACUUCUACUUCCCUCACGAAGACUCUUGCCCCAGCCGUUUCUGACGAAUACAUCAUGGUAGCCUCUUCCAGUACCCCAUCUACUGAGAAUGUCAACUCUAAAACUUUGAGUCACCAAAAAUCCACUUCGUCUGACGAUCGAAGCUGGGAUUUCGCCAGUGCCAAGAAUAGCAGGGAGAUGAUCUCUAACCCUGAGUCAAUUGCCACUACCGCCAAAGACGAAGAAGCCAAAAAUGGUGGAGCCGCCACUGAUACCUCUUCCACCAAGGAAGAACGUGGAUUGGCCAACCCUCCACCACGUCGAGGUCUCCGUAGCGUCCCAGCUUACCACAACCUAAGGGCCAAGAUUCCGCGCGAGACCAAGCUCGUUGCUGGUCUUCCUGUCAUCUGGGCCAAAACUGGGGAUCCAAAGCAUGACCUCCAGCUGUUUGACAGGGUUUACCUUGGAAAGGAAGAUCCAAACAAGUCAUCUUUCUAA